CUUGACUUUACUAAAUUUGCUCCCGUUCUUUCUCCCCAAAUUCGCUUCAGCUUCCAUUGAAUUUAAUGGUAGUGGGUGGUGGUGCCCGCGGCUGCUUGAUCCAAGACCAAGACCACCUUUGUCUUUUGAUUCUAAGCUGAAUAGACAAUAAUUUCCACCUAUGCCGUGUUAGACUUUCCCUGAUCCCACACUAUAAAAACACUGCUUGUCCCAUCAGAAAUGCUCACGCACUCUCCUCUCAUCAACCUUCUCUACUAAGCUCAAACAAGCUGAUCUCUCUUUGUAUCUGUAACCAUGGUCCGUGAAAGAAAACUUGUGGAGGAGGUCUCUGGGUGGCUUAGACUCUACGAUGAUGGCUCAGUGGACAGGACAUGGACUGGACCUCCUCAGGUUAAGUUCAUGGCCGAUCCUGUCCCUGCCCACCAGGAUUUUAUUGACGGAGUUGCCACCCGUGAUGUCACCAUCGAUGAAAAUUCUGGUCUUCGUGUUAGAAUUUAUCUGCCCGAGCCAAACUCAGAAGACCUUAAUAGGUUGCCUGUAAUCCUCCAUUUUCAUGGGGGUGGUUUUUGCAUUAGCCAAGCUGAUUGGUAUAUGUAUUAUAAUAUAUAUACUAGGCUUGCUAAGUCAGUUCGAGCCAUCUGCGUCUCCGUCUACCUCCGGCUUGCCCCUGAGCACCGUCUCCCAGCUGCCUGUGAUGAUGGGUUCUCUGCUCUUCUUUGGCUGCGUUCUUUGGCUCAAGGACGGUCAUCUGAGCCAUGGCUGAAUGAUUAUGCAGAUUUCAACCGUGUUUUUCUCAUUGGAGAUAGCUCCGGAGGGAAUCUAGUGCAUGAAGUGGCAGCACGCGCUGGGAACGUUGAUCUAAGCCCUCUGAGACUCGCCGGCGGCAUCCCAGUCCACCCUGGGUUUGUGAGGUCUGAAAGGAGCAAAUCAGAGAUGGAGCAACCAGAGUCACCUUUCUUAACCCUAGACAUGGUGGACAAGUUCUUGGGGUUGGCAUUGCCAGUGGGAUGCACCAAGGAUCACCCAAUUACGUGCCCAAUGGGAACAGCUGCGCCCCAACUGGACAGCCUAAAUCUGCCACCUCUGCUGCUAUGUGUGGCGGAGAUGGACUUGAUAAAGGACACUGAGAUGGAGUACUAUGAGGCCACGAAAAAGGCAAACAAGGAUGUGGAGUUACUGAUUAGCCCUGGAAUGGGUCACAGUUUUUACCUGAACAAGAUUGCCUUGGAUAUGGAUCCUCUUACUGCAGAGCAGACUACUGCCCUCAUUGAAGGGAUCCAAGAGUUCAUCAAUAAGCACUAGUUAAUUAUAUUAAUCUUUCAAUUUACCAAAGUGAAAACUCGGAUAAGAGCUUAUUAGAUAUGUAAUGUGCCUUUGGCCAAGUCGGCUUGGGCAUACAUUAUAAUAUCAAAUAAUGAAUACGCUUCUUUUGUAACAGCAUGUGAUGUGAUUAAUAUGUAAUUGAUUAUUAAAGUAUUUUAACUAUUUUCAAUUGAAUAAAUUUUCUUAUAUUUAUAUAAA